AUGACUAAUAACGAAGAGAAAUAUAACAAGGAACGACUUGAAAAGGUUUUGGGAGAUUCCUUGUAUGAUGUGGAUCAAUGGUGUGAGGAGCUCAUCAUGAUGGAUUCAUCAACGACGUUAGAAUUACAACACAAUCGGCCUCAUGAAUUACUUCUCACUCCGAAAACAAGAUGGUUCAAUUUGAGUCUUGAGCAAGCCAAUGCUCUCGUGCAUCAUUAUCAACAGCAUGUAUUGAAACAUGCCAAUAAGAUGACCAAUUCUGAUGAAAUGGAAAUACAAAAACUGGAAGAACAAAUUAGAAAUGUAUGGAAUCAGGAGAAGCGUUUUUUGGGAAAGAAGGUCUUUUGUAGAUUGUCAACGAGAAGUCCAAAAGAUGCUGCACUCUUUGAUGGAUCGGAAUGUUACCGUCGAUGCAAGAUAUUACUUAAAAAGAAAUGGAUUGCAAGCUAUUUGAAAUUCAAGGAACGAAAAGGUCAAUUAACAAGCACACAAAUUUCAAGAGAUUAUAUCUUGAAUACAGAAACUGAGGAUUUUGAAAAUUACGUGACAAAUGUCAUGAGCCAUAGUGAAGAAUAUUUAUCAUUCAUGCAAUGUUCUCAACAAGCACUUGCUGUUGAGAAUGAACGUCAAGUGAUUGAUGUAUUGACGAAUUCGGAGAGAGUUUUGCAAGACUUGGCAAGAGCAUUAGAAUUUCCUGAAGUUUUUAACAUGAAAUUAAUAUUGAGAGAAUGGUAUCCAGACAUUACCUAUGAGUAUGAAUUUAGAGGUUUUGUUCAUAAUUUUGAACUCAUUGCAUUAUGUCAGUAUGACAACACAAGCUUGGUUCAGGAGCUCAUUGACAAAAAGGACGAAAUCGCUUCGUCAAUUUUGCGAUAUUAUAAUACCACUGUGAAACCUGUACUCUUAUGCAAAUCCAAACAAUCAACUUCGGUCAUAUCCAAGUGGAAUGGUGAGGUGAUUAUGGAUUUCGCCAUUUUGCAGCCAAGCAAAAAGAUUAUCAUCAUUGAAUGUAAUCCCUUUAAUAAUGGUACUGGCGCUUCAUUAUUUGAAGUCGAUCGAAACGACAUGAAAGAACGAUACGAUAAGACUAGGCAGUUUGAGUUUAGAGUUGUGACGCAAAAAUGGUACAAUGAAUGCUCAGAGCAAGCUAAGUAUUUGUGGGACAGCUUAUUUGCAAAUUCACGAAAGGAAAUUAUUGAGGAAAUCAUUUUGGAAGCCCAAGCACCACCACAAGGCUCCUUCUGGUUCAGCUGUGAGCUUUUGUGA